CACACAACCCUCAGAUUCUUGUUUCUCUCAAUAUACUCCUCUUCUCAACUCCCAAAUAGAGAGAGAGAGAGAGAGAGAGAGAGAGAGAGAGAGAGAGAGAGAGAGAGAGAGAGAGAGAGAGAGAGAUAGAGAGAUAAAAGAAAGAGACAGGCAGAGAGAGGUUAAUCUAUUAUAUAAACACAUUACACAACUAUACAACACAAGUUGGAUUCAUCCAUGGAUCUCUCUUCUUAAACGCUCAAAAGAUACAAGAGAGUUGUGGAUAAAUAUUAAAAGUUGCUAAACAUCUCUAAGCUUUGUUGACUCAUGGCUAUGAUGAAGACAAGAAGAGCAGCGACCGUAGCUGGGACAUGGCUCAACGAAGCCGUUAGCUUCGUUGUGUUCUGUCUCUUAGACAUCGUCGAUUCAUUGCUUUGUCUAAUCUACAAAGUAGCAGACUAUCUCUUCGAAUCCGAAUGGAAGCCUUGCUAUUGCUUGUCAGCCAAGGAACCCAUUACGGCUACUCGAGGAAAGAUCCUCUUGUCUCACAAUAAUGGGGAAUCCAAGAUUCUCACUCUAUCUCCGCUUCAAGAAGUCAGCGGACGUUCCAAGAUCGAGCUGGAGGAUAUCUCGGAAACCCUUUACACACGUCCUUCUCUUCUAUCCGACCUAUCUAACAUUUCGGUUAACGAGCUUAAUAAACGGCUCGUUAAGGAUACUCGGUCUGAAACCGAGUGUAGGGACCAUCAUGCGAAGACUAAGAUCAACCGAAGGAGAUCAGUAACGAAGUCAAGCUUGACGGUGAACUUCACGGUCGUUGAGAUGCUUCGGGGAAAGAUCAGACCGCAGAAUUUGAGCCACGAUUCUCGAUGGUCGGAUUGUGAUUGUGGGUUUUGUACAUCUUGGGCCUCUACUUCCGACAUUAAAGAUCAUUCCCUCUAUGUCAAAACUCAAAUUCCAAAUGCGGUAACAACGGAAGAUGAUGUUCUGUUCAUACAUGGUUUCAUAUCUUCAUCAGCCUUUUGGACGGAGACGGUGUUUCCAAGCUUGUCGACGUCCUCCUCCGCUUAUAGACUCUUCGCUGUGGAUCUUUUAGGAUUCGGAAAGAGUCCUAAGCCAGCUGAUUCACUCUACACGUUGAGAGAACACGUAGAGAUGAUUGAGAAAUCUGUCUUACAAAAACACAAUGUAAAGUCUUUCCACAUCGUGGCUCACUCUUUGGGAUGCAUUUUGGCGCUCGACCUUGCGGCUAGACAUGGAGGCUUAAUCAAGUCGCUCACACUCCUCGCUCCGCCGUACUAUCCAGUACCGGCGGGAGAGCCGGAGCCGAGGCAGUUCGUGAUGAAGAAGGUGGCGCCGAGGAAAGUUUGGCCACCCAUAGCUUUAGGAGCGUCGAUGGCUUGUUGGUACGAACACAUUAGCCGUACCAUUUGUCUUCUCAUCUGCAAAAACCACCGUAUUUGGCAAUUCCUGGCCAAUCUACUCACCCGUAAUAACAGGACAGUAAACUUUUUAAUAGAAGGUUUCAUGUGUCACACGCACAACGCAGCGUGGCACACUCUACACAACAUUAUCUGUGGUACAGGAAGCAGACUCGAUACGUAUCUAGACAUUGUACGAGAUAAGCUAAAGUGUAACGUCACCAUUUUCCACGGAGGAGACGACGAGCUCAUCCCCGUUGAGUGUAGCUACAACGUUAAACAGCGAAUUCCUCGGGCACGAGUUAAGGUGAUUGAGAACAAAGAUCAUAUCACCAUGGUUGUUGGGAGACAGGAUGAGUUUGCCCGAGAGCUCCAAGAGAUUUGGAAGAAUUCAUCUUGCUAAAUUAUGUUUGAUGAAAAACUCGUGUAUUAUUUAUCAGUUGAUCUAUCAUCUAUGUAUAAUUGGUUGGUAAUUCAAAUGUUCUUAAAAGCUUUAUCGUUAUAAUAAUAAUUUAAGGAAACCGUUAUGUACUUAUCCAUGAGAAAAAAACCCAGAGAAUGGUGUAUCAAAUAAUAAGUUUCGUAUUUAUGUC